CCUGUCCUCGCCUGUGGUGGUCACAUCGUCCCUCACCGCAUUUGGGUUGUGUUCAAGAAAUAGGCCGUGGGCCCCGCGAGUGCCAUGUCUGAAGAUGGUUCUGUCCAUCUCAUAAGAAGACACACUGGAAGCUUUGCAAAGCAAAACAAAAACAGCGAGCCGCUGCCCGGGGAGAUUGACGCCUAAGGAGUCGGCUGCAUCAGAGCCUUUCUUUUCGAAGCAAAAACACCAUAAAUGCGCGUUGACUCCUUGAGUUGCAUAGAGCCCAGCCCAUAACUUUGAGCUUUUCCAGUAUCGCUUCGACAACUGGAAGAACCUCAUUGCGGAAAAGCCGCCCUCGAAAAUGGUCGACACACGAUGCGCAGAUCCCGACCUGCAACUGGACGUGGACAUCAUGAUCCUGGAAUACACACUAUAUCAAGCCGUUAAGGCGCAGUUCGACUUCCUCUCCAGUAGUGGGUGUCAAGACGAAGCCGAAGCCAAAGCCAAAGCCAUCUCAUCCACGCGGGUCCUCUCUAUCUUCGACUCCUUCAUCUAUUAUUUCAAUGCAACGUAUCCAUCCCACGUCAAGUCCACCGAAUUCUUCAACAACCUCGACAUCCUGGAAUUUCUCGGCCUCCUCUCAAGUCGUUCUACUGCGUCCACGAUCCAGUUCUCCGACAACAUGCCCGAGAAGUUCCGGCAAGCUUCGUCCAACAACCUCGCAGCACGUCGCCACUGGCUCGCCGCGCGAGAGCGACAGGCCCGAAAGCUGAGCAAGCAACCCCAACCCGCCUACUCCUCCUUCGCCGCCGCCGCAAACGUCAGUAUCCAGGACGACGUCGAGGACCAGAUCUGCGACGCCUGGAAUCAGCAUGAGCAUCAGCAUCAGCAUCAGCUUCAACAUGACUCCACAACCUCUCUUGCUGCGUCUGCGCCAACGACUAACGAAAAUCCACCACCACCACCCCUAUUAUUCGAUCUCAUCCCCCGAUUCAUGGAUGUGUCAGCCGAGAUCUCAGCCCUGCUCGGCCACCACCCCAACGAAACCUGGAUGCACAUCGCCGCCCAAUUCAUGCUCCAAGCCAGCCUCGAAGCCCUCCAUGCCCGUCUUCUCGUCCGCGGCGACAGCGACGCCUUACUACCCAGGCUCGACGACUGUUUCGCAUGGGGCUACGUCGAGCCUAUUCUUCUAGCCACCGACAAUCCAUCCUCCCUCGAUGGAUGUUCUCUCGACGAAAUGGUCGAACUCGUCAACGAACUCUUUUGCGACCCGUCAGACCCCGCAACUCGGGACCCGUCUCCUUCUUGUCCUUGGGCGUCUCCUUCAUCUUCUCCUUCAAGUCUCAGAGAAAAUCCAAACUGGACGAGCAUCCGGACACAAUACCUCUCCGAAUUCUCCAUCGCCUCCGACGCCUCGGCGCAAUCGCAGACCUGCAGGCUCGACCGGCUCACGACGAAAUAUCCGCCUGGGGAAUUUCAGCAGCAAUUAACCUCGUUCAUGCGGAAUAUAUGGGACUUGUUCUGUAACCAAUUAAACGCCAAGCCGGUCCUCGCGCAGAUCGAGGAGGACGGUCAUCUCAAGACUCUGGGCAUCUGCGUCGAGGGCGCCGAGUUCGACGACUUUCUGGGGAGAGUGGGACUUCACAAGAACGCGGCCGGCAUUUUGACCUUGGAUCAUUGUCUGGAUGAUAAGCCCAGUGCGUCGCCCGAAGUGCGCCCUCAAUCUCGAUCUCAGGCUCAGUCGCAGGCUCAGGUCAGGGGUGGUGGCUUCGUGAGCAGUGGCAAUGCCUGGCGCCAGUCGAGGCUGAGGCCGAGUAUUUGAAUACUACUUACCUGAGGUAGUUACGAUAGCAUUAUAGCAUAUGAUACCCC